GUAACUGCUUUAAAACAGAGUGGAAAGACACCACCCUCCCACACCACCGAGGAAACUUAAACCACCCCCAGGGUCACUCCCCUUCACUACAGCUCCGCGCUCCAGGACUCCAGCGCUGCAGCCCAGCACGCUCCUGCUCCCACAGGUGCCAGGACCAGCCCCAGCCCACACGAGUUCUCUGUAUCGGUGACACCACCUGGAAGGGACCCAAGAUGUUGGUGCUACUGGCUGGUAUCUUUGUGGUUCACAUCGCCACCGUCAUCAUGCUCUUCGUCUGCACCAUUUCCAACGUUUGGAUGGUGGGUACUUCCAACUUAGAAAGAGUCUCAUCAGGACUGUGGCUGCUUUGCAACAGGACCUGUGAGCAGCUGCCAGUCAGCAGUGAUAAUGAGGCUUCCCUCAAAGCCGUUCAAGCCUUUAUGAUCCUCUCAAUCAUCUUCUCUGUCAUUGCACUCGUCAUGUUCAUUGUCCAGCUGUUCACCCUGGAGAAAGGCAAACGUUUCUACAUCACUGGAGGCAUCAUGCUGGUUUGCUGGGUGUGCAUUCUGAUUGGAGUCUCCAUUUACACGGCUCGGUUCACGGGCCAGAUGCCUGCAUUCACAAAUACUCACCAUGGCUACUGCUUCAUAUUGGCCUGGAUUUGCUUUUGCUUCAGUUUCAUCACUGGUAUCCUCUACCUCGUUCUCAGGAAAAAAUAAAGCUUAUAGGAGUCCAGGGGAGAGGGUUGGCUACUGGGAAUGGGGAAGAAUUGCUCUGCUGAGAGAACUGUUGGGCCAAUAGACAGAAACAGCCAUCAACAUCACCACUGCCACCACCACAGAAAAAUCACUAACAAUGCUAGAAUUCUCAGAAACUCCUUCACAAAAGAGAGGGAGAAGCAGCUCCAACUGAUCUCAUACUGCUGGGGCUGUUGCAUGAGAAAUCUACAAGUGACCCAGACAGUUGUUCUCCUUUUCUGCAAAGUGAUGUCAUAACUUCAUAAAGCUUCAAGCUCCGCAGCGAUGAUUGAAGGGCACCAAAAAAGGGCUAUGUUUUUUUCCUUUCCUAGAGCCUCACUUACCUUUCUUUGUGCCUUGUGGGUUGAGCAGCGAGGCUUAUGAAUCCUCUUUUUUGUCCAUUGAAACAAAUGGGAUGGGCCUUUUGUUACAUUUUUUAUAUAUAUGCACAUAUGUGAAAGAUAAAGACAUUAGAUUGAGAAGCAAACCAAUAGAAAUCAGAUCAAAUUAGUAUUAAAAUAUUUACAGGAAUAAGGUAGCAUUUUUUUUCUGUUGUAUUUACUAUUUGACAUUCCCAUGGUUGAGUUAAAUACAGGUAGGAAGGGCAAAUAUACAGGUGUGGAUGAUGAAGAGAGAGAGAGAGAGGGAGAGAAAGUGAAGAUACACAGGGGUUCCUAAAUACAGAGAAUGCAGUUGCUCAUUGACGCACAUGCAGGGAGGGAAUCAUGGGGGGUUGGGAGUGAGGGAAGCCUGCACUAAAAUCUUUUGUUCAGCUCCAGAAAAUGGUAACAGCAUUGCAACAUCACAGAUCUUUAGUGAGAGGAGUCCUUUAGUACGUAGGGUUUUCCCCCACAUCAUUACCCGGUACGUGGUAUUAAUUGAGAGUUCCAUGUUGUGACACAGCCUAUCUCAAAGGCAGAUGAUACUGGUCAGCAGAAGAAAUGUAUUCCCUAAUGAGAGAUUAGGAGAGAUGAGGCAGAGCUUGUGAGUUCUGCUCCUUCAUGCACAGCCUUAGGCAGUCACUUAACUCGAUGCAUUUCCAUCUGCCAAAUUUUUCUGUGAAACUGUACCUACUUCCUAGGGUUGCUGAGAGAUUUUGAGUCCAUUCUGUAGUACAAAGUUCCCAUGUGAAAGGCUGGCAUGGGAAAGUAAGGCAUUGGUACUGUUGCAACCCAUGAAUUUUUGUCAGUUCAAAGACUCGGUCACAAGCAGCAUUUAUAAAGGACAAGAGGCCAAAACUUCCCAUGACUCCAUGCACAACUAAAAGGCAGAGGGUAUCAAAAACAAUAACAGGUGCAGAUUGCGCAUGUGUGCUGUUUACCUCUCUCUCUCUCUCUCUCUCUGUUACAUUUUCUUCUUGUGCAGACUAUCAAUCUGGUGGAUAUAUUCUAGUACUGUAUGUUGCUGUUUCAUUAACAAAGGUUAUUACAUAUAUAGUCAUUGUAAAUAUUUUGAAAUGCAUAUUUUUAACUUUAAGGGCAUAAAAAUAAAAUUUUAUUCCCUUUAUUAUAAA